AUGGAUGGAAAGGUUGAUAACUCAAUCAACCAGGGAACUUCACCUUAUGUGUUUAGGUUGAAUGGCCAAAAUCACCAUAAAAUUGGGUCAUUAUUACCCCCUAUUGGUGAGCAACCAAGAUUCACACAACUAUACAUAUAUGAUACUGAAAAUGAAGUUGAAAACAGAAUGAAUACUCUAAGAAACAAUGGUAGGCAGCCAAAUGUCGAUUUAGAAAUUGUUGAAAACCUAUCAAAGAUGUUUGAUGAGUGCAACGAAUUAACUAAGGUGUUUCGUAUGGCAAGAGAAAGGUUUCAACAAACUGAUCUUCAAUUAGUUCGCCUUCGAUUGAUUGGCUCACGAGCUAAAGAUGGGAGACAAUACAACUUGCCCACAAAAUUAGAGGUUACUGCACUUAUUGUGGGUUCAAGUGACAAUGAAAAAGGUCAUCGUGAUGUCAUAAUUGAACACAGGUCAGAAGACCUGAAGAGAAUAUCAGAAUUGCACCCCAGCUUUAUAGCAAUGCAAUAUCCUAUCCUAUUUACUAAUGGGGAAGAUGGAUAUCGAACUGAUAUACCUCAUGCUGAUGUAGAUGGAAGUACAAAAAGGACAAGGAGAUAUGUUUCCAUUAGAGAAAAUUAUGCAUUUCGCUUCCAACAAAGACUACAAGAAUCUAAGACAAGAUUCAAAUUAGGGAGGUUGAAUCAACAAUUUCAAGUUGAUGCAUUCACAUGUUUACAAGAGUCCUGGUUAGAUUGGGUAAGGGAAAAUCAAAAGAAAAUUCGAAAAGAAAUUUUGAAAGGACUUGAAGAUGUUGUGUCUCGUGGAGAUGACAUGCCUGCAUCUAUAGGCCAACAUGUAAUAUUUCCUUCUUCCUUCACAGGAAGCCCAAGAUUACUUAUACAAAACUAUCAUGAUGCAUUGGCAAUAUGUAGAUGGGCUGGUCCUCCAGAUAUCUUUAUAACCUUCACUUGCAAUCCAAAUUGGGAUGAGAUUGUACAAUACUUAAGCAUAAUACCAAGUCAACAACCCGAGGAUCGGCCUGAUAUUAUUGCUCGAGUUUUCAAGAUCAAGCUUGAUGAAUUGAUGUGUGACCUGACAGAAAGAGGUCAUUUCGGACAAACUAAAGCGGGUAUAAAACAUAUAAUUUAA